AUGACCGACAGCGACACCGUCCUUCCGAAUACUGGGAGCCAGGCCCAGACCAAGCACGGCGGCAUUACCAAGACGGUUGUCACGACCACCGCCACCGAAGUGCAGAAUCCCUCAAUGGAAGAAACCACGGGCAACGUGUUGGAUGCAGGAGACGCAAUGUAUCCUGAUGUUGAGGAUAACGACGAGCCUGCGGUUUACCUAUACGAUCCGGUCACGAAGGAGUACACUGGGAAGGUUGUUGGGGAGGAGGUGGAUACGGUGGCGAGAGGUCUCAAUGAGGACGUGAAAUGA